AUGGCGCUAGUUAAUCCCCCACAGCGGCGGGAAUGCGUGGGAAUCGAGUCGAUGUGGGAUGCUUUUGGGGCUGUGACGCUUGGCCUCGAAGGGGAAGGAUGCCCGCCGGACGGCAGGCUUUGCCGCCUGUUGCCAUCGGCGACAGAGACGCCAGCGCGCCUGCGCGGUGCCAUCGGAGUGGGCGGCCCGCCCGAGGGCGGCAGGCUUGCUGGGGGGGGCGUGUCUAUUUUUUACGCCUUGAGACUCAUUGCGAAUCGGUGCACCGGGGGUUGCCGGGGGUCGCGAGCAUUCCCAUGUGGUGUGGGCCCAGCAAAGGGCUGGUUUUGGAACGACGGGCUGCAACUGGAAGAUGCUUGGGCGCCCUUGAAUGCAGACGAGACAACGAGGCGAAUGACUGAUCAAGAACACGAGGGGAUGUCGGAUCGAAACGGGUCCGAUCGUAUCAGAUGA